CACCCUCCAGGAAUCUUCCUCCUCUCUCCUUAUUGUUUCUCCCACUAGCAUUGAUUGAUAGUCAAGCGAUCACCACUUGACUUGAUCCAAUCCAAGAGACUCCGAUCACCCUCAUCAUGGCGUCCACCCAACAGCCCGAACUGACAUCCUCGAGUGAGAGUGUACCUUCCGCUGGCGAUGUUAAUAAGGAAGGUUCCGCACAUGUUGAACAGAUUCACACCAACGAAAGGGUUCCGGGCAACCCAAACUAUUACGAGAAGGAUGGUCUUCGUACGACUGGUGAUGAUGAAGACCAUGAGCAUGAGCCUCCCAUGACCGGCAAGCGAGCUCUUGCCCUCGUCGCACAAGCUUUUCUGUGGACUGGUUCUCAGAUCCCCGUCUAUAUCCUCGGCGGUGUUCCGCCUUACAUCUAUGCUGAUUUGGGCGGUGUUGAUCGUUGGAUCUGGUUCGUCCUGGCCUACCUUCUCGCUCUGGCUGCCGUUUGCCCGUUUGUCGGCAGUAUCUCCGAUUUGGUCGGUAGACGUUAUGUCGCCCUUGGUGGUUCGGCAUUGCUUGUCAUUGCUAUGAUCAUCUGCGGCACAGCCAAAAACAUGAACGUCUUCAUUGUUGGAAUGACCUUUUCCGGCGUCGGCGCUGGUAUCUGUGAACUGACCUCCCUGGCCGUCACUGCGGAGCUGGCACCUACUCGUCAACGCGGCAAAUACGUUGCAAUCUUGGUCUUUACCAUCAUCCCUUUCUGCCCUUCCGUUCUGUGGGCACAAUUGAUUGCUUCACAUGCCGGCUGGAGAUGGUGCACCCUCCUCUGCGGCCUGUGGGCUGCAGUAGGCUUUGUCGGAACCCUCUGCUUCUACUUCCCUCCUCCCCGACCAAACUCUCGCGGCCUCACACGGAGACAAAUCAUCGCCGAGAUCGACUUUGUCGGCGGAGGAUUGUCCAUCAGUGGCAUGAUCGUUUUCCUAGCUGGCUUGCAAUGGGGUGGCUAUCAAUAUCCCUGGCACUCUGCCCAUGUCAUCGCUCCGCUCGUCGUUGGUGCAGUUCUCCUUUUUGUUGCCUUCCCCAUUUGGGAAACAAAAUUUGCGAAAUUUCCCAUGUUCCCGGCACGCAUGAAGCAAGAGGCCAGAACUUUCACCCUCACUUUACUCAUUACCGCCAUCUCCGGUGCCAAUUUCUUCUCUGUCAUCAUGUUCUGGCCAACACAGGCUUUCAACGUCUAUGGACAUGACCCUGUUGGAGUUGGGAUCCGAGGAAUUCCCAUUGGUUUCAGUAUUUUGGCCGGAGCCUGUAUCGUCUUGUGGUUGCUGUCUGUCUUCCGUGGACACAAUCGCGAGCUCCUCAUUGUCUCCUCCAUCCUCAUGACGGCCGGAUGUGGCGCUCUUGCAAUUGCUACUCGCGACAACCUCAACCAACUUUGGGGGCUCUUGGUUCUGGCAGGGCUCGGAAUUGGGGGUAUUGUCGUCCCAGCCUCGAUCAUUACCACCAUCAUCUGCCCCGACGACAUCAUUGCGACUGUCGCCGCCCUUACCUUGUCGAUCCGUGUCAUUGGCGGCUGCAUCGGAUACACCGUCUAUUUCAACGUCUUCAUCAACAAAUUUAUCCCAAAUGCGACUAAAUACAUUGGCGGCGUCAUGAUGACAGAGCUGAACAUCACCAACGUCACCUAUAUUACCCACGCCAUCGAAUAUACUUCCGCCAGUCUUCUGCCACUCCUCAAGACGAUCCCCGGCAUUGCUGGGAACGAUACCGCCUAUGAGAUGGUCGUGGUUGCUGGCCAGACUGCCUAUGCUGCGAGCUACAAGUAUGUCUAUUUGACCAGUAUCGCCUUUGGAUCCAUCUCCAUCAUUGCCAGUAUCUUCCUUGGAAAUAUUGACAAGUAUAUGGACGACCAUGUUGCGGUUGUCAUGCAGUGAGGAGGUGGCCACGACUACCUGAACCAAGUCGGGUUUCGAACGCGACUUACCCUGUGCGGUACUAUCCUCAGGCAUUGUUGUGCCGCAUGGUAGUCAGCACCUGAG